GAACCCAACUUCCCUAAUCCCAAAUCUCACACACUCCAUCCAUACACAAUUUGGUUCAUUUCCUACCGAGAAGACACAAUUCAGAAGAACGAAAUAUAAAAAGCAGUUACACAAAUCAAAGCCAUAACAAACUUUUUUCUUUUUUUUCAUUCUCUUCCCUUUCGCGCUCUCUCGCUCGAAAGGAACAAACAAACAAAAAAAUAAUGACAUCACAACCGUCGAUUCCAUCUCCUCCUCCGCCAUUACCACCGCCACCUGCAUCAACGGCACCACCGUCUGAAGGCGGCGUUCGUGUUCGCUGCGCCGGUUGUCGGAUGAUCUUAACUGUAGCGCCUGGACUAACCGAAUUCGCUUGUCCGACGUGUCGAAUGCCGCAGAUGCUUCCGCCGGAACUCAUGGCUAGGGUACACCAAACGGCACCGCCGGUAACUCCGCCGACGCAGAAUUUACCGGCGCAUGGUAUUGAUCCUACUAAGAUCCAGCUUCCUUGCGCUAAGUGUAAGGCGAUUCUCAAUGUUCCGCAUGGAUUAUCGAGAUUUUCGUGUCCUCAGUGUAAUGUUGAUCUUGCGGUUGAUCUGUCGAAGGUUAAGCAGUUUUUACCUCCGCCGACGCUUGAAGAAGUUAACGAGGUUGCUGUUGAAGUGGAGCGUGAUGAAGAUGAAGGCGGCAUGGCUGGAGAAACAUUUACGGAUUAUCGACCACCAAAAGUAUCUAUUGGACCUCCACACCCAGACCCUGUUGUGGAGACAUCUUCCUUGUCUGCAGUGCAACCACCGGAUCCUACCUAUGAUCCAAAAACUAAAGAUAAUCUGGAAAGUUCAAAGGCUUUGUCAUGCUUGCAAAUUGAGACCUUGGUCUAUGCUUGUCAGAGACACCUUCAGCACCUCCCCAGUGGAGCUAGAGCAGGAUUCUUUAUUGGAGACGGAGCUGGUGUAGGUAAAGGUCGAACAAUUGCAGGUCUAAUUUGGGAGAACUGGCACCAUGGAAGGAGAAAAGCAUUGUGGAUUUCUGUUGGUUCAGACUUGAAGUUUGACGCUAGAAGAGACUUGGAUGAUGCGGGUGCAACAUGUAUUGAAGUGCAUGCUUUGAACAAACUGCCUUAUUCUAAGCUUGAUUCAAAGUCUGUUGGGAUCAAGGAGGGAGUUGUUUUCUUGACAUACAAUAGCCUUAUAGCAUCUUCAGAGAAAGGUCGUUCUCGACUCCAGCAGCUUGUGCAGUGGUGUGGACCAGGGUUUGACGGCCUUGUAAUUUUUGAUGAGUGUCAUAAAGCAAAAAAUUUGGUCCCUGAAGCUGGUAGUCAGCCAACACGAACCGGAGAAGCAGUGCUUGAAAUUCAGGAUAAACUACCUGAAGCUCGUGUUGUUUAUUGCUCAGCAACUGGUGCAUCUGAACCUCGCAAUAUGGGUUAUAUGGUUAGGCUUGGUCUUUGGGGAGAUGGAACUUCUUUCUCCGAGUUCCGGGAAUUUCUUGGUGCUCUUGAUAGAGGGGGUGUUGGAGCUCUAGAAUUAGUUGCCAUGGACAUGAAAGCAAGGGGGAUGUAUUUAUGUCGGACACUUAGCUAUGAGGGUGCUGAGUUUGAAGUUAUUGAAGCGCCAUUAGAAGAUAAAAUGAUGGACAUGUAUAAAAAGGCAGCAGAAUUUUGGGCCGAAUUACGAGUAGAAUUGCUGUCAGCUAGUGCCUUCCUAAAUGAUAAGCCUAACACUAGUCAACUAUGGCGAUUAUACUGGGCAAGCCACCAGCGUUUCUUUAGACACAUGUGUAUGUCUGCUAAAGUACCUGCUACUGUAAGAUUAGCAAAGCAAGCAUUAGUUGAUGGAAAAUGUGUAGUCAUUGGUCUUCAGAGUACUGGCGAAGCAAGGACAGAGGAAGCUGUGACAAAAUAUGGUUCUGAACUUGAUGACUUUGUUUCUGGACCUCGGGAAUUGCUGCUUAAAUUUGUGGAAGAAAAUUACCCGCUACCAGAAAAACCUCAACUCCUUCCAGGAGAGGAUGGUGUUAAGGAGCUCCAAAGGAAGCGGCACUCCGCAACUCCUGAUGUUUCAUUAAAAGGAAGGGUCAGAAAAUCAGCCAAGUUGCAGCCUCCUAGUGAUGUAGAAAGCGACGAAGAAUCUGAAACUGAUUCGGGGAUUGAAUCUAAUGACUCUGAUGAGGAGUUUCAAAUAUGUGAAAUUUGCACUACUGAGGAGGAAAGGAAAAAAAUGCUACAGUGUUCCUGCUGUGGUAAAUUAGUCCAUUCCGCAUGCUUGAUGCCACCAAUUGGUGAUGUAGUUCCUGAAGAGUGGUCAUGCCAUUUGUGUAAGGAAAAAACAGAUGAAUACCUUCAAGCAAGGCAGGCCUACAUAGCAGAAAUCCAGAAGAGGUAUGAUGCAGCCUUGGAACGUAGGACAAAAAUAUUAGAGAUCAUUCGUUCGUUGGAUCUUCCAAAUAAUCCUUUGGAUGACAUUACUGACCAGCUAGGGGGGCCAGAUAAAGUUGCAGAAAUUACAGGAAGGAGAGGCAUGCUUGUGAGGGGCCCUGCUGGAAAGGGUGUAACUUAUCAGGCUCGUAAUACAAAGGAAGUCACCAUGGAAAUGGUUAACAUGCAUGAAAAGCAGCUUUUUAUGGAUGGUAAAAAGUUUGUUGCUAUUAUCUCUGAAGCUGGAUCAGCUGGUGUUUCUUUGCAGGCAGAUAGGAGAGCAGCAAAUCAGAAAAGAAGAGUUCAUUUAACGCUAGAGCUUCCAUGGAGUGCUGACCGUGCAAUUCAGCAGUUUGGAAGAACUCAUAGAUCAAAUCAAGCUUCGGCACCAGAAUACAGGAUACUCUUUACUAAUCUUGGUGGAGAACGACGAUUUGCAUCAAUUGUUGCGAAGAGAUUAGAAUCUCUUGGUGCUUUGACUCAGGGGGACCGCAGGGCUGGGCCUUCAUUAAGUGCUUAUAAUUACGACAGUGCUUAUGGAAAGAGGGCACUGAUGAUUAUGUACAAAGGAAUAAUGGAGCAGGAUUCUCUACCUGUUGUACCUCCGGGAUGUUCAUCUGACAGACCAGAUACUGUUCAAGAUUUCAUCAUUCAGGCAAAAGCUGCUCUUGUAUCUGUUGGGAUAGUUAGGGACUCAGUUCUCGGAAAUGGUAAAGAUUCUGGAAGGUUAUCUGGUCGAAUUAUUGAUUCAGAUAUGCACGAAGUUGGACGAUUCCUCAACCGGCUUUUGGGACUACCUCCUGAUAUUCAGAAUGGGCUAUUUGAGUUAUUUGUGAGUAUCUUGGAUCUUCUUGUUCGGAAUGCUCGCAUUGAAGGUAACCUCGACACGGGCAUUGUUGACUUGAAGGCUAAUGUCAUUGAACUACAGGGGACUCCGAAGACAGUUCAUGUUGAUCAAUUGACUGCGGCUUCUACCGUUUUGUUUACAUUCAUCUUGGAUCGUGGGAUCACAUGGGAGUCAGCAAGUAACAUGCUGAAUGAAAAACAAAAGGAUGGGCUUGGCUCAGCCAAUGAUGGCUUCUAUGAGUCCAAGAGGGAGUGGUUGGGAAAGCGUCAUUUCAUUUUAGCAUUUGAAAGCUCUGCUUCGGGUAUGUAUAAGAUAGUUCGUCCUCCCGUUGGGGAAUCAAACCGGGAGAUGCCUCUAUCUGAAUUAAAAAGUAAAUACAGAAAAGUUUCAUCCUUAGAAAAGGCUCAAACUGGUUGGGAAGAGGAAUAUGAAGCUUCAUCUAAACAGUGCAUGCAUGGUCCCAAUUGUAAGAUUGGCAACUUCUGUACAGUGGGCAGAAGACUACAGGAAGUGAAUGUCUUGGGUGGCCUCAUUCUUCCUGUUUGGGGAACCAUAGAAAAGGCCCUUGCUAAGCAGGCUCGCCUAAGCCAUAGGAGGCUACGUGUUGUACGCAUAGAAACUACUGUGGAUAACAAACGAAUUGUUGGACUUCUUGUUCCUAAUGCAGCUGUUGAAACUGUGCUUCAAGGCUUAGCAUGGGUUCAAGAAAUUGAUGAUUGACCUAGGAUAAUAGACUUUGCUCACCUUCUCAUUCUAGCAACUUGAAGCCUUUUGAAAGUUGCUUGAUGUCUCCAGUCUUGACCAUGGGUUCAAUAUUCGGUGUCCUCUGUUCUUCGACAAUCAAUUUAUGUUUUAGGAAAAGGCUCAACCUUGAUGCUGAUUUUUUUGGAGGAAUGACUCAUCCUCCUCACCAUUCAACACAAUUGUGCAGUUUCAUCUAGUCACCAAUAUUUAUGUUCCAUUUUAGCGUAAAAUACGAUUUUGUAUAUUUGUAAAACUGAUUCACCGAGAAAGUAGAUGGCUAGGCUUGUAUCACAUAAUCCAGUCUGAAUAUUUUUUUUACUAUUUUUUAGAGGAAACCAGUUUGUACCAACAGAUAUGAUUAUUAAAAUGAUAGUGGAAGAAAAUAUUCUCAUUUUUUUAUAA